AUGAAACGAAAGCAUUCUGAGGUGUCUGAGAAGACGAAAUCAGAAAAACCGGAAUACAAGUCAAGCCUCAAGAUGGAGGAGGGCGCGUUCCCCCGAGGAGGAGCUGGAGUGCUGUCUGCCAUGGAGAUUCGACAGACUGCCGAUGAAGCUGCGAAGGACCUGUUCGAGGAAUCACAGGCCGCCAAGAGCUCCAAGAAGAAGGGUGGAAGAAAGGCAAAGCAGGCUGUGACGAGCGACAUUGUUGCGAUCCAGUCUCUUUCUCUGGACAAUAUCUCUGUUGGUUCCAUUAUUCUCGGACGAAUCGUCAAUAUCCAGUCCACCGCUUGUGUCGUUUCGCUGCCCAACAACCUGCAUGGUUUCGUGUCUUGUGUUCAGGUCAGUGAGGCACUCAACGCCAAAAUCGAGGAGGGCGAGGAGUUCGACCUUUCGGACUACGUCAAGGAGGGACAGUGGGUUCGAGCUUCUGUCGUCGAUACCUCUAACAAGCGUCUGGGUCUCAGUCUGCUGCCCAAGGAUGUCAACAGGGAUAUUGAGGACAGUGACAUUGACGCAAACAUGGCUCUGCAGGUUGAGGUCAAGUCGAAGGAGGAUAAGGGUUACGUUGUUGCUACCGGUAUCAAGGGCAAAAAGGGCUUUAUCAAGGACACCGACGUUGAACUCAACAAGGGACAAAUCGUGUUGGCUUGCGUGCUUCGAAUCAGUGGCCGAACAAUCACCCUGGACACAGAGCAUACCGGUGAGGCCGUCCGGCAACUAGAGGACUUCUCCAGCGCUGUCGCUGGUACCCCAGUCACAGUCGUCACCACCGAUAAGCGAAAUAACGGAGCAGUGGUUUCCGUCUUCGGUUCCGUUGAUGCCACCAUUGAUCCCUUCCAGGGAUCCUUUGGCCUUGAGGAAAAGACUAGCUCUGUUGCCCGAGUUGUCGCUACUCUCGACCGUGGUGCCAGCGGCAAGCGAAUGCUUCUCUCUGCUCUGCCCCACGUCGUCAACUUGGAGGAUGCUGACCCCAGAAUCGGUGAGGCUUUCCUUCCUGGACAAGUUCUGGGCGUCAAGGUCACUCAUGUCGUUCAGCACGGUCUGUUUGUUGAGCUCGCCGAGAACAUUCCUGGUUUCAUUCACAUCUCCAAGCUCGCUGAUGAGAAGACCGAUUCUACAGCCGACUACGAGGUUGGCCAGACUCUUGAUGCCAGAAUUAUCGCUUUUGCCCCCCAGGACGAGAUGUACGUUUUGUCUUGUGAGCAGUCUGUCAUGGAUGCCAAGUACAUUGCCACCAGUGAUUUGUCUGCUGGUGACAAGGUCGAAGGUACUGUAACUAGGCAUCUCCCCAAGGGCGGUAUUAUCGUGGCACUGUCAUCUUUCAUCACCGCUGUUGUGCCUGCUGCUCAUCUUGUUGAUGCCAAGAUGGCCAACCCCGAGCUCAAAUUCAAGAUUGGAUCCAAGAUAAAGGGCCGACUUCUCGGUGUGGACAGCAGCGGUUGCCGAAUGACCAUCAAAAAGUCUCUCUACAACUUGCCUAAGGACGAUUUUAUCUCCUACGCGUCUGAGAUUGGCGACAUUGGUUCUGGAACAGUUGUAAAUGUCAAGCCUGGAGGGUGUGUCGUCGAGUUCUGGGACAACUCUCAGGCCUGGCUUCCUGCUGGAGAGGUGUCUGAGGCUUUCAUCGCUGACAUUACCAAGCAUUGUCGAGUUGGCCAGACCGUCAAGAUCCGAAUUCUGGAUAUCAACCCUGAGAAGCAGUCUAUGCAGGUCUCCUGCAAGCUCUCCAAGGUUGCCGCUGAGCAUGUCUCUGGUGCCUACGAGGGCAUCUCUCUUGGAGACCUUGUUACCGGUAAGAUCAUUGACAAACGAGGUGACUUUGUUAUCGAGAUGACCGUUGGUGAUGUCGAUCUCACUGGCGUUGUUCCUCGAAACCUGCUCCCUCCUAGUCACAAGAAGCUGCGUGUGGGAGACAAGCUGGAGUGCGUUGUCCUUGCCAAGCAGCCGUGGAUGAGCUCUAUGACUCUCGGUGCUCAUCCUGACAUCAUCAAGGGAUACCAUAACAAGACUCUGAUCAAGGAGACUCCUUCUGUUGGCCAAACUGUCACCGGUUGGGUCCAGAACGUCAACCAGCACGGUGUCUUUGUGUCUUUUGCAGGUGUUGUCGGUCUUGCUCCUCAGGCAUCUCUUAGUGAUGACUCUUAUGACAAGUUCCAGGUUGUCAAGGGUCGAGUGACUUCUGUCAACGGCGACAAGUUUGCGGUCUCUAUUGGAAAGUCUCUCAAUGGUCCUGCCGUCAACCCCGUUGACCCCAGCAUCUCUACCAUUGCUGACUACUCUGAGGGUAAGAAGACCGAGGGUAUUGUUACUGCUGUUCUCCCCUCCUUCGUCUCUGUCCGUCUUUCCGACAACCAGAACGGUCGAAUCUCACUCUCUCAGCUCGAAACUCCUGUUGAGAAGGACGAUAAGAUCUCUGUGACCGUACUUGGUCCCUCUUCUCAGGGUGAUCAGAUCGAGCUGGCUACUAACGAUGUUCGACUUUCUAUCAAUAAUCUUGAGGAGGGCAAGGCUUACCCUGGUGUCGUUGUUCAGUCUACUGCGGACUCCAUUUGGGUGGCUCUGUCUGCCUACAUUGUCGGCCGUCUGGAUCGAGCUGAUGUUCAGGAGGCUGACUUCGCUGAUGCUGUUGGUGACCUUGUCGAGGUUUCUGUCUGCGGUAUUGAGGGUGACAAAGUCAAGCUUCGAGGAGCUCAGUCCGAGGAAAAGUCUGAGGGCUUCUCAGAAGAGGCGCUGCCCGCCUCCAACGGACUUCAGGGUGCUCAGGUGACUGCUCGAGUCAAGAAGAUUGAGGUUGACUACGUUCAGUGCACUAUCAACGUCAAUGGCAAGUCCUCCACUGCCACAGCCUCUCUUGUGGAUGCUGUCGAUGAUUACUCUCUCAAGCUCAGCAAUGUCUACGACAUUGGUGAGACUGUUCCCGCUGUCAUCUGCUCUGCCAAGGAGCCCUACGCCAUUUGCAUUCGAAAGAACCCGGAGGGUGUCGAUCCUCUCCCUUCGCUCCCCCUCAAGCGAGGUGACAAGGUCAAGGGUGUCGUCACUGGUAUUGCUGCCGGUAUCUUCGUUGCUAUUGGCCACGGCAUCGAUGCUCGAGUCAAGAUCACUAACUUGUCCGACUCUUUCCUCAUGGACUGGAAGAAGUAUUUUAAGAUCGGUCAAAUCGUCACUGGUCGAAUCAUGGGCUUCUCUGACAAGGGUCUCCCCGACAUGUCUCUCAAGCAGCGUCAUAUGACUGGUGACAAGCUCAUUGAGGGUCCCCAGGAUCUCACUGUUGGCCAGAAGUACGACGGUUCUGUCCAGCGAACUACCGACUAUGGUGUCUUUGUCAACAUUGGAGACGCUACUGGUCUGUGUCAUAGAUCCGAGAUUGCCGACACCCCUGUUGGUGAUUGCUCAGAGCUCUUUAAUUCGGGUGACAAGGUCCGAGUUAUUGUUCUCAAGAUUGAGGGCAGCAAGGUCUCGCUUGGAAUGAAGGCUGCCUACUUCGAGGGUGAUGAGGAUGACAAUGACGAGGAGGACAGCGAUAUCGAGAUGGAGGUCGAAGAGGACUCCGAGGAGGAUGAGGAAGACAGUGAGGAUGAUGAGGACGAGGACGACUCUGAGGAUGAGUCUAUCCCCACCAUUCGAUCUACCAAGCAGCAGCAGAAGAAGGCCAAGUCCACUGCCAUGGAUGUUGGCUUUGACUGGUCGGGAGACGUCUUCGGAAAGGAGGAGGAGCAGAAUGGUUCUGAUUACGAUGAUGAGUCUGACGAGGAAGAUGAUGCCCCCAAGUCUCGAAAGAAGCGAAAGACUCAGAUUGCUGACAUCACUGCUGAUCUUUCGACUGCCACCCCUCAGUCUGUUGGUGAUUACGAGCGUCUGCUUGUUGGCAACCCCAACUCCUCUGUUUUGUGGAUCUCCUACAUGUCUUUCGUCAUGCAGCUCUCCGAGCUUGAGAAGGCUCGAGAGAUUGCCCAGCGUGCUCUUAAGACCAUCUCUUACCGAGAUGAGGAUGAGAAACUCAACGUCUGGCUCGCUCUUCUCAAUUUGGAGAACACUUUUGGCACUCCCGAGUCCACCGACAAGACCUUCAAGGACGCUGCUCAGUACAUGGACGCCGAGACCAUCUACAUGAAGAUGGCUGACAUUUACGCUGCUUCUGACAAGAAGGACAAGGCAGACGAGGUCUAUGCCAAAGCUGUCAAGAAGUUCUCUGGCUCCAUGGAGGCGUGGAUCAAGUACGCCACUUUCCUGUUUGAUAACGAGCAGGCUGCGAAGGGCCGAGUUCUGUUGGAUCGAGCCACCAAGGCCCUGCCCAAGCGAGACCAUCUCCAGUGUGCCAUCAAGUUCGCCCAGCUUGAGUACAAGUCUGGAGAUGCUGAACGAGGCCGAACUCUUCUGGAGGGUCUGGUGUCUGUCUACCCCAAGCGAACCGAUCUGUGGUCUCAGUUUGUCGACUUUGAGAUCAAGUAUGGCCAGGACAAGACCAAGAUCGAGGCUCUGUUUGAGCGAGUUGUUGCCUUGCCCAAGUUGUCUCUCAAGCAGGCCAAGUUCUUCUUCAAGAAGUGGUACCAGUACGAGGUUGAGUCUGACGACGACAAGGCCGCCGAGUACGUCAAGGCCAAGGCGGCGGAUUACGUUACUCAGCGAACAAAGGAGGAUGAGGAGGAGGAUGAGGAGGAGGAUGAGUAA